UCCGGACUCCACCCUGCUGCUUCCACGGUUCCAGGAAAAAAAACUUUUCACAGCUGCUUCACUGCUGCCAGAGAGUUGCUGUGAAUAACAACAUCGAGUCCGCAUCAGAGCUUUAACCAAAGCCGCACAGAGCGUUUAAGGCUCACUGACUGCGGGAGGACAUCGCUUUUUUUCUGUCUGGGAGUAAGACCCACCGACGAGGUUGACGUCUCUUAAUUUGGCAUCAUGUCACACUACCCUCCAGGGUACGAUGACUCCCGUGGCCCGCUGUACGGACCUCAGGGUGGGAACUACCCACCACCCCCUGCGUAUGGAUUCCCCUCUUAUGGUGGUCCCCAGCCAGGCCAUCCCUCUGCUCCGUACCCCUCUGGCCCAAAUGCCCCUCUGUACCCAGGCCAGCCAGCAGGCUACCCUCCAGGCCCUUAUCCAGGGCAGCCCCACCCCGCUGGACCUCCUGGAUCUGGCUACCCCAACCCUCCUCCCAUGCCCCCUGUCAUUCCACCUACAAUACCAUCAGAUGUCCUGAGCUCAGGUGAUGAGUUUGCGGCAAGUGGCAGCGGUUGGGACAGUUUGAGCAUUCGGCAUACCUUCAUCAGAAAGGUGUAUUUGAUCCUGGCCUGUCAGCUCCUGGUCACCACAGCCAUUGUGGCCAUAUUCACAUUUGUCCAACCUGUCAGAUCGUUUGUAAAGCAAAACCCAGCUGUGUACUGGGCGUCAUAUGCUGUGUAUUUCAUCACCCACAUUGUGCUGGUAUGCUGCAAGGGCCCCCGGAGGAAGUUCCCAUGGAACAUGAUUCUGCUCAUCCUCUUUACUCUGGCUUUGUCCUAUAUGACUGGAACCAUAUCCAGCUACUAUGACACAAAGGCAGUGUUUCUUGCAUUGGGAAUCACAGCUGUCGUCUGCAUCGCCGUCACGGUCUUCUGCUUCCAGACAAAGGUCGACUUCACCAAGUGCCAGGGCCUCUUCUGUGUCCUCGGCAUCGUCAUGUUCGUGACUGGCAUCAUUACAGCCAUCGUGUUGUCCUUCAAAUAUAUGUUGUGGCUUCACAUGCUUUAUGCAGCUAUAGGAGCCAUAGCUUUCACUCUCUUCCUGGCAUAUCACACUCAGCUAUUGAUUGGAAACAGAAAGCACUCCAUUAGUCCAGAGGAGUAUGUGUUCGCCGCGCUCUCCAUCUACGUCGAUAUCAUCCAGAUCUUCCUCUUCCUGCUGCAAAUAAUCGGUGCUUCCACUAAAUGAAAAUCCAAAGGCAAGGGUGUUUGGUUUUAGUUGGUCGGGCACAGGGAAGCAUCAAGCGGCAAAACCAUUCCAUGCUUUUAGAAAAACCUUUACAUUUUCAUUAAAAAAAAUGGCGCUCUUCAGGGAAAAUGUGUAAGGGCUGAAUAGGAGAUUUUACAAUGUAGGUUAAACCUAAACUACUGCUCAGGUGUUUGGGGGGGGGGGGGGGUCACACUGAAAUAUCUGUUUUUGAAAGGAAAUACUUUGUUUUCAUAUAAUAAAGGGUUCAACUGAUCAGAUGAAAUCAUUUAUCAUAAAUCAUUUAUGGUUUUUAAUCAUCAUAAGUCAGCAGAGGUCUGUUUUCAUCAUCCAUCCCUCCUGUAUCCCAAAGGCACAUCAUAUUACCUGAUGUAGAGUUAUCAUGUUAAAAGGUGAACUGAGCAGUAGCAAAAAACUUUGGCUGUCUGGUGUAUGAAGCAUCAGUCUUUGAAAGCUGUUCUAUGCGGGAAAUUGUGAAAAAUACUGAAGAUUUCAUACAAAGGUGUGUAGCACUGCCUCCACAGAACAGCACAGACUGGCUCUAACCGGUAUAGAAGUGAGAGGUGCACCACUGAGCAAAAGUAAAAUAUCAGGGGGGGUUUUUUUUGCUGUUCUUUGGAGACAAUUAAGAGCUUUCAUUUCUGAGAUCAAGAACAGCAAACCUCAGAAGAUAGUCUCUUUAUUUUUUUUUUUGAGGAGUAUUUGAGAUGGCAGCUGAUGCUUCUGACACUCAACUAGCCAAACUGUUUCUUCAGUUUUAAGCUGUUUAAUGUCAUCAAUGAGGCUUUUUACAUGAUAAACUAGCAUUAGGUGUCACAGUGUGCCGCUGGAGCACAGGAGUGAUGCUUACAGAUGGUGGGCUUCUGUUAGAGGUGGAAUGAAUCUAAAACUGAGACUAAAAAUAUGAUACAAACUUCAACAAUAUUGUAUCGCAGUUGCAUCUACUGUGAUGCCCACAUGGAGCUGUUAGAGCACGCUAGUCUGCAGAAAGCAGGUAGCUGGAUGAUUCCACAAUAAAAGUUUUUCUUUUUCUGUGAUCAGAGUUGUGGUUAAAAACAAUUUUAUCAAUUUAUUAUUUUUUGUUGUUAACCCCUCUAAACCAAGGCAUAAACUGAAGCAUUGUUUUUGCAUUAUUGUACUAAGACAUUUAUUAAAAAUGAUGAUUUAUCUUUGUGUUUACAUCUCUGAUCACGCUGUUAAAUUAGAUUUUUAAAGAGUGAUUUUUCUGUUGAAGACGAGGACAUUUGCAAGUGAUCCCCAAAAACUCUGAGCAACAGUUUAUGUCCAAAAAGCACUUUUUUUUUUUUUUUAAAUCCAUACUUGUCUUUAUAUACUCUAAGCAACUUACCAGUGACUGAGAUGAAUCCUAUAGCAUAACUAUCUAAAGACACUGGAAUGCAGCUGCAGCAUUUACUCCAUGUUACUGGACUUAAAACAGGAGUCUCUCCUGUGUAUUUACAUGUACAGCUACAAAUUAUUUCUCCCGUGUGUGUAAAUGUUACAGAAAAUAGGCAAAUGCCAAACUGCAACUUUUCGUGGUUGAUUGUGAAGUACAGUAGGGGUGGGCACGACCACGAUAUUUGAUCUCAGUUACUCAAGUAUGAGCAGAGUCGGUGUUUUGGGAACUGAUGCGUCCACCCCUGGAUCACAGCUCAGUACGGCUAAUGGCAGCCUCAGAUCUGCUAGUUUAACUCUGCCAGUGACCUAUAUUACUUUAUUUGAAGUGUACUCCUUUAUAUCACUAAAGUGCCUUCACUAUGUCAAUGUUUCUAGGGAGACAUUUUUAACUUUAUAAAGUACAGGGUUAUCAUACAUAAGCUUUUAUAGAGUUGUUACAUAUGUGCCUGUAAAUAUAGUUGUGAGUUAGUCAGAUUUGGGUCAGUGAGGGCCAGCAGGGCGGGAGUUUCCACACACUCAUUAUUGGUGCCACGUUGUUUAAAUACUGGAACAUUUCUGAAAAUCAGGGAGUUCCAGCCAAUGUUUGCUUGGUGUUUGAAGUUCCUGAGAUAAUCAGUUCAGUCCAGCUAAUCAGUUCAAUAAUGACAAAUUUAGAGGAAAGUCAAAGUUUUAUACAAUCCUUUACUCAAAGCAACAGAGGCAGGCAUGUUUAAUGUACACCACAGAUGGUCAUUGUGGAGUUGGUGGUUGUAAAUAUACAUAUCAAUGCUGAAGAAAAUCUAUUUGCUUCUUAUUAUAAAUAAACAUUUUUUCUUUUGGUCUUGA